AUUCAAGUUAUAGCCGCGCUCAAAACUAGACGCUUUUUCCAAAGUUCUUCAAAGGAAGAGUCUUUUUUAGCUCUGGAUAUAUUCUUGUGAACAAAUCAAAAGAAAGGUUGAAAAGUGAAUAGGAAGAAGUGAAUAACGAAACUAAAAAAAAGAAUAAAAAGUUGGAGGGAAUUAAUUAAAAAUAAUUUCUUGAAAUAAAUAAUUCGAUUUUUUAUUUUUUGGAGAAACAAGUUUUUUGAAAGUAGACGCGAACGCUAUAAAGAAAGGAAAAAUAAAGCAGAGCGAGAAAUUCUUUGAAUAUCUAACAUAAGGAGAAGACAUCUAUUUUGAAAUUCCCUUAUCAAAAUUUGAAGAACUAAUGCCUGUGGAAAUUGCGAGACAUCAAAUAAUUGAUACACGUCCGCAAGUUUUAAGGAACCAGACAGAUUUUCUUUUAUAUCUCGUAUCAACCGCGGUUUUAACAAGUAUUCAAAGGAAUAAAUAUCACAGCAAAGACGAUAAUAUAUUGUGCAUGGUGAAAAAGAAACACUAAAUAACAUUAAUUAUUGAAGAAAAGUUUAAGAAAAAACUAAAUAAGAACUUGAGCCAGAAAAAAAGUGGCGUCUGAACGAAGAACAAUAACUGAAAAAUUUUGUGAAGAAAAAAAAGCGAAAACGAAGAAUGAUCCAUCUUCCCGGAAUUUGACCAUAUACCACUACGGAUAAAAUUUUAAAAUAAAUAAGAGAAGAGGUCUUCAAAAGAUAUCUACCAGCUGAAAAAAAAAAUUAUAAAAUCAAAUAAAGAAAACGAAGCAAGAAUUUGUUUUCAAAAACAUUAUUUAAAGAAAAAAAGAAGAUAAAAAAAAUUAGUGGCGAAAGGAGAAAACUAAACCUUUGAUUGUGAUACAGAAAAUAUAAAAUUGUGAUAAUUUUUAUUAUUCUUUUUUUCUGCUUCAAUUACUACAUAAAAUUAUAAACAAGACAUUAAUUAGAUAUAUUUUUCUGUUGCGUGAAAGGCCAAGAGAAAAUAUAUUAAAAAAACUAUCAACAUUUAGAAAUUGUUGUUUUACGAUAUGCCUGUACGAAUUCCCAAAUCUGACACAAUGUUGAGUUCACAGUUCGAUCAUAAUCUUUGGUGUGACACAUCUAGUUUGUAUAUCAAUAUGGAUGAAGACGAUUGGGGAAUGAAAUUCUUAGACGUAGACAAAACCGACACAUUACUCUUAGCCAACUUUAAUGCUUUCGAGAGUGUUAAUAUGGACUUUAGCGAUAUUCUAACGGCACCAUCAUCGCCAAAAUAUCAGAUACGCCAUCAUGAUUGUAUGUGGUCGGGAACGUGUGUCGAUAAGUCACAUCCGAGUAAGAAGAAGGGUUUAAAUUUAUGUCCACCAAGUACCAGCAGUUCAGUAGUUCCUACACAACAACAACAGCUUCAACAACCCCAACAAAAUGACACAACAAGCACGACAAUGCAAAAAUCAUCAUCAACAACAACAGAAUCAAAUUUAAAACUCACCUCAAAGAAGAUCAUGACGCCAAAUAGCAUCAUGAAAAGUAUCGUGUGUAGAGAUAAGAUACCAGUUGGAGGUUCAUUGCUUAUUAAUUCAAGAAUUAACACGAACACAGCCCCGACAAACAUUAUUCAACAGACCAGAGAAAGCAAAAGUAUAGAAGGUUCAGGAAAAGAGUUCGACACGAUAAUGAAUGCAUCAAUUAGCAAUUUAAGACCAGAUACACCACUUAGUCUCGGUGAUGAUGUACCCGAAUUUAAGAAUAAUAUCGACCUGACACCAUGUCCAAGCAGCAAUCGAAUGAAAUUUAGUGAUCCAAAUUCAACAAAAAUCAUUAACAUGCUUCGUGAACAUCUUGAAGAGACGUCGGGAUGUCUUAAUGACUCAACACCGUUUAUGGGCGGUGCAUUUAAAAAUGGACGUCGAGCAUCAUCAUCUGACCUCAAUGACAUUCUUACCGAUAUCACUUUCCUAUCAGACUAUGAAGACUUGGCCGAUAAUUCGAGCGAUGUUGACAUGGACGACGAAGAUUGUGCUGAAAUCAUCGACUAUAAGAGUGAUAAAUUUAACAAAAUUCUUACAACGAGCAUUUUACCCCAAGCAUCAUCAUCAAGAACGAUCAGUCACCAUGGGUUUAUAAGUGAUCAUAGUUAUACAAGACCUAAAGGCAGUCGAUAUGAUCCAAUAGCGCUUGGAGUGCAAACACCAUCAGAUUCGGAAGAAGAAAUUGAUGUUGUCAACAUAAGCGAGAAAAAUCUUCCUACAAAUCCCAGUGCUCGUGAUCGUCGUGCACUUCAAACAACAGUAGCACAUAAGAUUGCAAAAAGCAAACAUCCAAAUCAAAGAAGACGCGUUUCUGAUGACGAUUCAUUAUCAUCAUCAACAUCAACUUUAUCAAGUAAGGGCUCUACACCUGCCAAGAUUGGAUCGCAGACACCACUUCGUUAUAUUUAUUCCUCAGGGCAAAGUUCAGCUAGAAAGCGUAAGGAUAACAAUAACAAUGAGGCCAACAAGAAAUAUCGUUACGGCCAUAGUAAGAAACAGCGAUUAUCGCACAAUAAACAUCAAAAGACUAUCGAUCCCGACGAAGCAGAAACAAUUGAAAAGCGCAAUUUGCACAACAAUAUGGAACGUCAGAGAAGAAUAGGCUUGAAGAAUCUCUUCGAAGAGCUCAAAUGUCAAAUUCCAUCUUUGAAAGAUAAGGAGAGAGCUCCGAAAGUAAAUAUUUUGCGAGAAGCUGCAGUUUAUUGUACGAAGUUGCGACGUGACGAGGAUCUUCACGCAGAGUUGACCAAGAAACAUAAUCGAUUAUUGACGCGCGUGAAAAAUUUGAAAGCUUCAAUUGCAGCUCAACAAAGAAGAAAUUAUUAAUUUUUUUUUGCGGAUUGUGGGGAGGGUGAAAUAUGGAAAAAUGCGGGUAAAAAAAAUCUGAUAAAUGAAAUCCAAAAAGAAAAGUUUGAAUUUGAGAAAUGAGUUGAAAAAAAAUAUUAUUGAAAGAAAGAAAAUUAGAAAUGAGCAGUGAGGGCAGUAAAAGAAUUACAAUUCUCGAAUGAAGAUUACGAAGAAUGCUUUUAAUAACAAUUGAACUGAAGAAGAAGCUUGAAAUGCACAUCAAAAUAGCAAAUAAUUGUAACACACACAGAUCUCGAUUAAUCAUUAAGUUUUUUUAUCGUUUAAGUUUUUUUUUUCUUGUUUUCUAAUGAAAAAUUUUCCUCAAAUUUUAUUUUUUUUCUUCACUUUUUCCUAGAUUUCCGAUUCUAUUGACGGUGAAAAAGAAAGAAAAAAAAGAAUGGAAAAUGUAAACGAUAACAUGAUAAACAUAUUUUUUCUUCAUUUGUAACAACUCUUUCAUGAACUAUAAUUACUGAUUGAAUAUUAAAAAAAAAACAAAAUGUUGUUAUGAGAGGAAAUGCUAAAUAGAAAAUUAUAUAAAACCAUGAAAUGAAAGCAUAUUAAACAUUUUUUUACUGACGAAAGUGGAACAGUUUUUAAGGGAGAGAAAGAUUAUUUCAGAGGUUCAAUUAUAUGAGUUUAUGCUUCCCUCUGAUAACGUAAACUGGUUCUGGAUUUUAUUUAGAAAUCAAAAGAAAAUUAAGUUUUCCCUCUUUGUGUAAAUAAACUUCUGUUUUAUUUGUUUCGGAAACGAAUUUAGGUGUUUUUACAUGCUUAAGUCAUUAAUAAGUGAAUUGGGAUGAAACAUUUAAGAUGAGAAAAGAGUCCGAAGCUUGAUUAAAUAUAUCUUCAAACAUAUAUAUUAUAUACAUGUAUACAUACAACAUACAACAUGACUAAGACCAUUUAACCAUAAUUUUUUUCUCAUCUUUUCUAUAUGAAUUAAUUUGAUAGCUUUGGCUACAUUUUACAUGAAAAAUGCGCUUUUAUUAAGAAUUAAGAGAUAAAAACUUACUAACAAGAAAGAAAAGAAAAUAUACAGACAGAGUCCAUGAUUCUAUUGAUUACAUUUGACUAGUUAUGGUAAGAAAAGAAAAAUAUACCUCCAUGAAAUUUUUUCGUCAUUAAUGAAUAUCCUGAAAUUACGCUUCAUAGAACUGAUAUGUAAUUUAAAAGAAGUUUUUAAGAAAUUCUUGCUUUUGUUGGAAGCUUUUAAGCACAUUAGAAGUUGUCCACUUAACAAACCUUUACACUUGUGCUUGCUUUAUGCAGUUUCUAUUGUCAACUCAAUCAUUUUCUUCCUCUUAUUUAAUUUUUCUUUUUUUCUUUUGUGUUUUAACUUAAGAUUCUAAAACAACUCGAAAAAAAUUUAACUUUCUAAGAAAUAUCUGCUUGCUUUUUCGGUUUGACUUUCUAAUCAAGUAAGAUUGUAAAUAGUUUAUAAACUUUUCACUUUUCUUUCUUAAUUCAUUUUAUUUUGUUCAAAAGUUAAUCAUUUUUAUAAUUUUAAUUAGUGGUUUGUCAUUUGUCAUCAUGAAUAAUAGCUUUUUGGAAUAAAUCACAACGUCAAAAUUACACUUUUAGGCAGUUUUUUGUCCGUGCAUUGACGCAAAAUAAAAAUUUUUAAGGAAAAAAAAUUCAUUGAUAUGUAACAUGUGCCAACGAUAGUGUAAAUAGUCGAUUUAUUAAUUUUAUACAUAUAUUUUUUUUUACACAUUAUAUUAUAUUGAACAAUUAAUAACAAGCGUUUUUACAUGCGAAAUUUUGUGCUAAAUUUUUUUUCUUUUCUUUUCGUUUUGUAAACGACAAAUGUAGAGAAUCUAAUUUUUUUUAAUACAAUUUACUGGUAUUUUGUUUUGUUGACCUUAUUAACACGCAGAUUCUAUAAUUGAAGAAUUUUAAUAACAUUAGCGGAAGCACUUUUUGUUUAUGUUUUUGUUUAUUGCAGAAAAAAUCACACUUUUUGUUUAACCAUUCAUGGAUAAAUUUGAUAAGCUUUAAAACUGAUCAUAAGUAGGGGAAACGAUUCUUUUUUUAACAGUUCAAUGCAAAAAUAUUAUAAAGGGGAGAUGAGAAAGUCUAAAGGUCAUCUGCAUACAUACAUUUACGCAAGUGAUUCAGAUCAGAGCGCUUUUUGUUAGAUUAUAGGAGUUUAUUUUUAGAAAUAAGGAGAAAAAAUUGUAUGAAUCAUUUGCGAAAGUGUUUUUGAGAAGAUUUUUUUUCUCAAACUUUUUGCAUUGAACACUGAAAAUAUGUCUUAAAUGAUAAUAGUUAAAAAUAGAGAUUUUUGAUUGAAAACUAUCCUUGUAAUGAUAUAUCUAAUAGCAUUUAGAAGAAGGUGACACGCCAGAUGAAGCUUAAAAGAAAGCUUUUUGUGCUCCCAGUUAUAAGCAAACAAGGUCCUUUUUAUACAUUUUGAAUAUCAAUAAUUAUACAUUUUUUUAAAGAUUAAUCGAAGGGUUUUUAUAUUAAAAUUAUUUCCUCCUUAAAUUUACAUACAUAAAUAUAUAUAAAACUUAUGUAUAUAGUUGAGAGUUUCGCUGCUGAUGCAUCAUUAGAAUUUUAGACGACCUCAAGAUUUAUAUCACUAAUUAGACAUUUGAAUAAAAUAAUGAAAGAAAACAUUUGAAAUGAUGAAACUAUGGAAAUAUUUAUGCUAUUUUUUAAAUUGAAAAAAUACUAAAAAUGAAACUUAAUAAACGAUGUUAAAUAUCAAAAUAUUGAUUAAAAAAAAAGAAAUUAACUUUUGAUGAAGAAAAUUUAGCUUUCCUACGAAAGAUUGAACUGAAAUCAUUCUUUCGUUAGGAUCAAAAACAUUAUAAAGCAUUUUUACAAUGAAAAAUUAAUAAAACAC